AUGCAGUACGUCGGCCGCCUCGUCUCCUCGGUCUACAACACCAUCACACCCAACAUCAACCCCGCAACCCUCAGCGGCGCAAUCGACGUCAUCGUCGUAGAGAAAAGGGUCGACGUCGACGAGGAGGUCGAGGUAGACGCCGCAGGCAACGAACUAUCCCCAGACGAGCUCCACAAGCGCGACCGAGAUGCUACCGCCGCCGCCGCCGCCGCCACCACCUCCUCUGCUGCGCCCGAGCAGCCGCGCCGCACCAAAAAGGUCAAGCGCCAGCGCCUCGAGUACGCCAGCACCCCCUUCCACGUCCGCUUUGGCAAGAUGAGCGUCCUCCGCCCCGCAGAGAGAAAGGUCACCCUCCACCUCAACAACAGCCCGGACCCGCUCCCCUUUGCCAUGAAGGUCGCAGACUCGGGCGAGGCCUUCUUUGUCCUCGAAAUCGACGACAACGACGAGCGAGACAGGAUCCCAGACGACCUCGUCACCAGCCCCAUCCUCAGCGCAUCCGCAAGCCCAAUCACCUCGCCCGACCUCGCCGCUUCGCAGCCACCGGACGGCGACGACCAGCAGCAGUUUGUCCCGGCUUCAUCGGCAGCUGGCGGCAGCGCUACCACAAAGACAUCAGAGGUGGAGCCGCUCGACCUCGGCGAGUCGAGAGUCGCCGAGAGCAGCGGCGGCAUCGACCUCGACGAGCCCGACAUCGACGCACGCAGCGCCACCACCGUCCGCUCCGGCACCACCGCAGAGACGUCGAUCACGACGCCCAGCAUGGGCCGCACAUCGUCCGGCGAUGCCGCAGCGGGCCCCUCUACCAGGUCGCCCAAGUCCGACGUCGAGCGCGAGACCGACGAGGCGAACGACGCUGGCGACCUCGACGUGCCCGGCGACUCGAGUCGCACCGGUUCGGGCCCCGCGGGCUCGUCCAGCCUCCUCGACAAGGUCGGCACCGCCGCGUCCAAGGCCAGUGGCGCCCUCGGUGCUGCUGGCCGCGCUGCCGUCGGAGCCGGCACACGCGGCAACGCCAAGCUCGAAAACGUCGCACGCAAGGCGCAGCGGGCCGACGGCGGCAACGGAGCCGACAGCGCCGGCGUCGACGACGGUCAAGAGGGCCACGACUACGAGCCAGAGCGGGGAGGACCGGCGGGCAAGCGGCGCCAGCAGGACCGCGAGCAGGUGCGGGACGACGAGGCGCCCCGGUCCGAGGCCGAGAGGCUCGAGCAGCAGCUCAAGGACCGCGCCACGGGCGUCAUCCGCGCCGAGGUCGAGGCCUGGGAGCCGGCCACCGUCGACGGCAACACCUCGGCCGAAUCCCAGCGCGGCCUGGACCGCGAAGCUGCCGAGGCCGAGGAGCACUACCCGGAGCCCUUUGGCAGCACCACGGCGCCGAGGCCCUCGGCCGCCGCCCUCGCCGAUAAGACCCGCAAGGACUUUGAGGGCGCAGCAGCGGCGCGCGCAGAGCGCUCCACGCAGGUCGAGACAUACCCCGUCGCCACCUCCCGGCACUCGGAGUACCUCGGCGGCCGCAAGCUCCAGGCGGUGCCUGGAGUCGACGCCGAUCACCCGAUCGAUCCGGCCAUGGUCGAUGCGAGCCUCCUCAAAGCGCGCCAGCGCGAGUCCAAGUCGCAACAGGGCCAGCAGCGCGGCCACGGUGGCCGGGACGACGACGGCGAUGAGACGGCCGUGGACGAUGUCGACGACGACGGGGAUGUGGACCGAGUACGCGCCUCAAAGGAGCGCAAGGAAGACGUCCAGUACAUGCUCGAUAUGGACGGCUACAAGAUGACGGCCGACGGCGAGGAUCUCGCGUUCCAGGAGGGCAACCGGCUCGCCGACGAGAUGCCGCUCGGUCGCCGGCACGGCGGCAACGGCAGGCAUGGGCACUCGGACAAGCUCAACGGCCCGGGCCACAAGCACAAGGUGUCGCUGCCGACCACGUCGACGGCGUCGCUGCGGCGCAGGUCGGCGUCCAAGUCGCACCGGCCCAGCAUCUCGAUGGACUACCGGAAGCAGAAGGCGAUCAAGACGAGGGACCGUAGCGGCACGCUGGGAGCGCUCGACCUCGACCUCGACGAUUCGGAUGAUGACGACGACGACGACGACGGCACGCUUGACCUGGCGCCCUCUAGAAGCGGAAGGCGUGGCCAGGACCCGAGCGCCAAGCUCACUGGCACCUCGCACGAGCAGGACGAGCUCUCGCUUACUCGAGACCUGGCGCGUCUGGCGAGGAUGAAUCGCGCCUCCGACAGCAGCGGGCCCAGGCUCGGCGCUGGUGCCGGUGCUGACGCUGGCUCGUCGACCAGCCGACCGGGGCGGUCGCAAGCCCUUCACCCCGUCGACAAGCCGUCGCAGCACCGCCGUCAUGCCUCGCUGUCGUACGGCCGCUCGCCAUCGGGCCGUUCGAGCCCCGCCCUCGCCGGCAACAGGACGCGCGGCGUGCCGAGGCGAGCUGGUCGGCCCGGCCACUUCCAGGAGUUUUCGCUGAGCGACACCGAGGCCGAGGUGCCCAACGCCAAGAGCACGUCCGGGCGAAACUCGCUCGCCAGCUCGACCGAAUCGAUCAAGGGCGCCGAUGGUCGCCUGUCGCGCCUGACGCCUGCGCUGCGCGACCUCAAGAUGCCGGGCGACGAGACGCCGCCGCAGGUGGUCCUCGACGACACGGCCACCGCCCACCUGGGCCACUCGAGCAACUUGAGCUGGCAGUGGGGCGAGCUAGCGCCGCGCACCUCGGCGGCCGGCAAGUUCAACGCCGGCCCGCCCUCUGGCUAUCGGCGGACGCGCUUCGCCAGCACCGACGCUUACGAGGCCCGCGGGCACUCGGCCGAGGUCGCCCAGGCGCUCGGACGGUACAGCCAGGACGACUCGGCGCUGACGGGCAAGCUGACCAGCUCGGACUGGGAGCCCUACGUCUUCCGCCUGGAGCUCGAGGACGCCUCGCACACGUUUGAGCUGAGCCUGUGCUACAAGGAGGGCUUUGGCGGCAACGGCGAGGGCGACUACUACGACUUUGAGGAGAACCGCGUGUCGUUCCAGCGCUUCGUCGACGACGAGGACGUGGUCAACGACGAGCGGCUCGUGGUGCGGUACAACGACCGGUUCCUCACCUGGGAAAACGCCUCGACCGUCCUGGCCACGCUCUCGCUGUACCGCAAGACGCUCUCCCCUGCCGCCUCGGGCGGCCAGGACGCUGCCCAGGGCAAGGGCGACGGCGGCCAGUCGAGGACGUCCAAGGCGAGCUACUGGUCGCGCUGGUGGAGCCGAAGCGCCAAGAGCAUCCCGGACCUCAAAGAGGCGAGCGCCGAGCAGCAGCAGCAGCAGCAGCAAGAGCGAGACGUGAGCGAGGCAAAGGCGCGGGCGGCCAGGGAGGCGUCGGCGCCCCCGGCCGGUGGCCUGCUCCCGGCGCCCGACCGACCCAUCGAGCGCUCGGCGACGGACUCUAUCCUCGACCAGCGCCACCUGGUCGCCACCCCGGACAGCACCGAGGCCGACAAGAACCUCGACGGGGCGCUCGCCGGCCGGUCGUCCAAGGCCGCGGCGGGCGCGGCCAAAAAAACGAGCAACAAGACGUAUGCCAAGACGCUGCGCUUGACGUCGGACCAGCUCAAGUCGCUCAACCUGCGCAAGGGCGCCAACACCAUCACCUUCUCCGUCACGUCGUCGUACUCGGGCGUCGCCACGUGCACGGCGCGCAUCUUUCUGUGGGAGAGCUCGCACAAGAUUGUCGUGUCGGACAUUGACGGGACCAUCACCAAGUCCGACGCCCUCGGCCACGUCUUCACCAUGAUUGGCCGCGACUGGACCCACAUUGGCGUCGCCAAGCUCUACACCGACAUUGCCCGCAACGGCUACCGCAUCAUGUACCUCACCUCGCGGGCCAUUGGCCAGGCCGACACGACGCGCGACUACCUCAAGGGCGUCAAGCAGAACAACUACGUGCUGCCCGACGGGCCCGUCAUCAUGUCGCCCGACCGCCUCAUGGCCAGCUUGCACCGCGAAGUCAUCCUGCGCAAGCCCGAGGUGUUCAAGAUGGCGUGCCUGCGCGACAUUGCGCGGCUGUUUGGCGCCGACCCGAGGACGGCCCAGGCGCAGCCGGGCGGCAACCUGGCCAAUGCCAAGGGCGGCGACGGCGAUGGCGAUGGCCAUAAUGGGCAGGACAGCAACGCCGCCACCGCCACCGCCACCGCCGCUGCUGCCGAUGGCCAGGAUCGAGGCGAAGGCAGGGACGGCACAAAGGAGGAGCAGCAGCGCGCCAAGGCCGAGCACGCCACGCCCUUCUACGCCGGCUUUGGCAACCGCAUCACCGACGCGCUGAGCUACCGCAGCGUCAACAUCCCCAGCUCGCGCAUCUUUACCAUCGACUCCAACGGCGAGGUCAAGAUGGAGCUGCUCGAGCUGGCCGGCUACAAGUCGUCGUACAUCCACAUGACGGACCUCGUCGACCAGAUGUUUCCGCCCAUCACGGCCAAGGAGGAAAAGGAGCCGCGGCGGCCCGAGUUCAACGACUUCAACUACUGGCGGCCCGACAUUGUCGACGUCGAGCUGCCGCCCGACGAGGAGCUGCUGGCGCCCGCGCUCGAGCCCGUGUCGCCGGCGCUGUCGGCGCGGUCGGGCAAGAGCGUGCGCAGCCUCCGCAGCGUCCGCAGCGCCACGUCCGACGGGGGCUCGGGCGGCCUCAAGGAUGCGGCAUCCCUCGGACUGAGCCGCAAAGGGUCAGCCUCGACGAUCCCCGCCGACGGCAGCAGUGGCGGCGGCGCAGGCUCGCACGGUGCGGUGCGGCACUCGUCGGUGGGGCCUGGCGUCACUGCCGAGCAGGCCGACCUGGAAGAGGCGCAGCGUCGAGAGCAGCGCGCGCGGUCGGCGUCGCCCGAGCUCGAGUCGUCGGCGUCGUCGCCGCCGUCAUCGUCGUCGUACGGGGGUGGCGUGACGUCGUGGACGGCGCCCUGGCGGCGUCGCGGUGCGUCGCCCGAGCCGGGGCGGGCCACGUCGCCGCUGGUGGGAGCGUCGAUUGUCGCCGAGCCCGAGAGCGAGGACGAGGGGCAGGAGCGCUUCUACGACUCCGAGGGCGACGACGACGACGUGUCGUCGUUUGAAGGGCGCGGGCUGGGCGAGGGCGGGAGCGAGGACGAGGGCGAGGAGCUUGAGUUUGGCCGGCCGGCGCAGGUCGAGGGCCGAGGUGGCCAAGGCGACACGGGCCGCGGCGUGCGGGACGGAGACGAGGGCGAGGGCGAGGGUGAUGAAGACGAGGACGAGGACGAGGAGUUUGACGAUCCGGCCCAGGACGACGACGACGAUGACGACGAUGACCCGCUCUUGGCGACGGGCGAGAUCCGGUUCGAGUGGCGUGGUUAG